GAAAAAUGCGACGACGUUCCAUUCGCUCUCUCAUUAAGAUUCGAAACAUUCAGAAAGCAAGUUAGUCGGACAAACACGAUUGCAUCGAAAUAACUUCACGCACAAACUGUUCGAGUGUGUUCUCACAUAUGUCAUAUAGCUACGGAAAAACCAUUGAUCAUCAUCGCGAGUUUGUCUACCAAUCAGCAUGCUGAUCCGACAAUACGUCCGAAGCGUUGCUAGCAAUCGUACCAUUAACGUCACGAAAGAUUUUUUGAAAACCAUGCCGUGCCCAUUCUUGACUCGUUUGUCUGCGAAUUAUGUUCGUAAUUAUGGAUCAUCUCUGAUAAUGAAUUAUCGACAACAUUGUCCAGUAUUGUCAAGAUUGUUCAGUACAAUGUCAGAAUCAGUGGAGCCUCAACCAAUUCCAGAGUCUAUACAAAAUCAAUGUCCAUUCUUGUCCAGAGAACGUAAUGCUGUUAAGGAAGCCAAUCCUGCAAUAGAGGAAGAUGUUAUUAGUGUAAAUGAUAAUCAGGAAGAAGCCCAAUUCCCCUAUGAAGAAUUUUUCCACGAGCAAAUUAUGCGAAAGAAGAAAGAUCAUUCAUACAGGAUAUUCAAAAAGGUGAAUCGUCUAGCUGAAAGUUUUCCGAGAGCUUUAGAAUAUUCCUGUGGCAAGAAAGCUAUUACCGUAUGGUGUUCUAACGAUUAUCUAGGGAUGUCACGUCAUCCCAUGGUGAUUAAUGCAGUACGAGAAGCUUUAGACAAAUACGGUGCUGGAGCUGGAGGUACGAGAAACAUUUCAGGCAAUUCUACUGCUCAUAUAAUGUUGGAAAAGCGAUUAGCACUACUGCAUAAGAAGGAUGCUGGUUUACUUUUUACUUCUUGCUUCAUCGCCAAUGAUUCCACUUUGUUCACGCUAGCAAAAAGACUGCCAGGAUGUCACAUAUUUUCCGAUGCCGGAAAUCAUGCCUCUAUGAUACAGGGCAUAAAAAACAGCGGUGUAUCAAAGCAUAUAUUCCGACACAAUGAUGUCGAACAUUUGGAAGAGCUUCUGUCAAAAAUAGAUAAAAGCGUACCAAAGAUAGUGGCAUUCGAGACUGUUCAUUCCAUGACCGGUGAUAUUUGUCCAUUGGAAGAAUUAUGCGAUGUCGCGCAUAAAUACGGUGCAAUAACAUUCAUUGACGAAGUUCACGCGGUCGGCUUGUAUGGUCAUUCGGGCGCUGGUAUCGGCGAGAGAGAUUGUAUACUUGAUAAGAUGGAUAUUAUUUCCGGUACUUUAGGAAAGGCGUUUGGUAACUGCGGCGGUUACAUUGUUGGCUCCACAAAUCUGAUAGAUAUGAUAAGAAGUUAUGCUGCCGGUUUUAUUUUUACCACUUCAUUACCGCCUACCGUAUUGCAUGGAGCCUUGACAUCCGUCGAGAUUUUGGCAUCGAACGAAGGCAGGUCAUUAAGGACAAAUCAUCAGAACAACGUGGCCUAUAUGAAAUCUAUUCUUACUGCCGCAGGUCUUCCAAUCGAACCAUCGCCCUCUCACAUCAUUCCUAUAAAGAUAGGAGAUCCAUUGUUAUGCAGUCAGAUAGCGGAUCAUUUAUUAAAUGACAAAGGACACUAUAUACAAGCUAUAAAUUAUCCUACUGUUCCAAAAGGUGAAGAAAAAUUAAGAUUAGCACCAACACCAGGACACACUCGACCUAUGAUGGAUAAAUUUGUGCAAGACACACUGGAUGUUUUUCAUCAACUUAAUAUACCUAAAGUAAUUAAACCGAAUGGAGCACCGCGUGCUAUCUUGGUUCAUUGACGAAUGUAUAUAAAAUAGAAAUGAUCGCAAACAAACAGGAGCUCACCUUCAUACAGGUGUUUAUUUAUGUAGGUUCUCUAUGUAUUGUUUCGAGACAACAAUAUAAAUUAACAACCUAACAGAUAAAUCCUAUUAUCAAAGUUAACAAUUAACAGAGGUUUAAAUAAAGUUUUAACUGAUACAA